AUGACAAUUGUUGUUAUAGUUGUGGUGGUAGUGGAGGACUUCACCAUCGCAGACACAGUUUCACAUGUGAAAGUGCUGGACAAUGAAUUGAGUGAUUGGGAAGCCGUUGCAGGCGUCGAGAGGACUUCAAACGGGUCUCCAGACCACGCCUAUACCUCGAUGGCACCACCUGCUUCGUAA